GAAUCCAAGGAGUGUGAGUUCAUGCCUGCAGGCUGAGCCAGCCUCCCUGACACUCCCCUGCUCUUCCAUUACUCAAUCUCAUUCCAGCUAGUCUAGUCUAGACAAGCAAAGGAAGAGCACUAAGGGAAGCAAACUUUUGCAAUGAAAAAGGAUUGGUUAGGAAGGCAUUAAUCCAGCGAAGGCAGGAGACACUGGCCCGUCUGUGAGCUGAAGUGUAUGGCUAUCCCUCCAUGGCGCCCCCACUCCAUUUGCUGAAUGCAACCAUCAAUGAUUGCCUAUUCACAUCAGGAAACAGCACCCUCGUGAGCUCCGCCACCUCCAGCAUCGCUGGCAUUGUGUUUCUCCUCCUGGCUGCCCUGAUCGGGCUACCUGGAAACUUAUUUGUGAUUUGGAGCAUCCUAUGGAAAAUGAAGCCAAGCCAUCGCUCAGUCACCUGCCUUCUGGUCCUAAACUUGGCAGUGGCAGAUGGAAUAGUUCUUCUCCUGACACCCUUCUUUGUCCUCUUCCUUAUCUUCAAGACCUGGGUGUUUGGCUUGGCCAUUUGCAAAGGGGUGUACUACCUGUGUUGCAUCAACAUGUUCGCUAGCAUCUUCAUCAUCACCCUCAUGAGCGCAGAUCGCUGCUUGGCAGUCAACCAGCCCUAUUAUUCCCAAGCCAUACGGAAGAAGAACCUGGUGGUCAAAAUCUUGGUAGGGAUAUGGGUGGGGGCCAUUUUGUUGUCUCUGCCAGCUUUCUUCUUCCGCCAAGUCUUGCAGGAACCCUCACGAAAACUUCUCAUUUGUGAGCCUUGUCACUCCAGGAAGAGCCUGACCAUCUUCCACUUCACCCUGGAGUCAAUGGUGGCCUUUGUGAUUCCAUUCACCAUUAUUGUUGGCUGCUAUUCCGCCAUUCUUGUUCGCCUCAGGGGCGUACGGAAGAGAAAAGGGGCUCGGACUGAGAAACUGAUCGUGGCCAUUGUGAUCUGUUUUGCUGUCCUAUGGAUACCCUACCACAUCAUCAACAUGAUCCAGGUGGCUUCCAAUCUAACCUCAGGGAAAAUGGCAGACCGACUGGGACAGGCCUGGAAGAAUGGGCGAGCAGGAGCCACAGCCUUAGCCUUCUUGAGUAGCAGUAUUAACCCGGUGCUCUAUGUCUUUGCCGCUGGGAAUCUCAUUAAGACUUCGGGUGCCAAUUUCAUUGCUCAGUUCUUCGAGGGGGCAUCUGAGGGGCUUGGUCACAGGUCUCAGUCUCAGAAAAACUUGGACAAAGACUUAAUACCAGCAGCUGGGGCAUCCAUGAACCUGGACCAGCAGUUAUUGGGAAACUGUGAUAGGGUCGACAAGGACAGAGAGUGUAGGCUGAAAGAUGGCACAACACAUAACAUUUCCUAGACUGAGUCACUACACAAGAAAUUCCAAAACUGCCUUAGGCAGGACCAGUUCCUCCAGCAUAUGACUGUCAACACUCAUUGGGUAGUUCUUCAAUAUUUCACACAGAGGCUUUACGAAGUCAAGAAUUGAAGCUGGGGUCAUUUGCCUGCGAAAUAUGGAUUGCAGUUCUGCUACUUGCCUGCUCUCCGUGCAAAACCCAGAUUCAGAGAAAAGCAUCAGUAACAUUUCUACACUACAUGACAUAUGCAACUAUUUUUCCCCCUCUCUUCCACCUUUCCCCUUUGCACCAAGGUUAACGGCAGUGUUGUUUAUUUCGUUGCUAACUUGCUUUUUCAUUGUCUCUUCUUGCCAUUCCAUUUGAAGAAAUGCAAUACAUUGAUUUCAGAAGUGUUUGUGUGUGUUUGUGUGUUUUUAAUUUUCAUAGCUAGGCUUUAGGCUCAGUGGUGGGAUCUUACCAGUUUAACAACCGUUUCGGUGAUCGCACACUUUGCAUGCACGCGCAUAGUUUUGAGAAACAGUACCUUCCGCUUUACUUCUGGGGAGGAAAACAGCUGAGGCGCAGAAUCCUGCUCUGCCACGCAGCUCAGCUAAAAAUAUAUAGGUGAGUUAAGCGCAGGGGCAGGUGAGCAGGCCCACUUCAUUGUCGGAGUGAACAGGCUUGCUCCCAGCUGAUGGUCGGAGCUACCUGUUCACCUGAUAGAAACCCACCCCUGUUUAGACUUGACUCUUAUGAAAAAAGCAAAGACCUGUGGUUGAUUUUGUGCAUGUACAGGAUGUUUAUCUGUUAAUAAAUAAAUUGUUCAUGAAUGGUUGGAUGCCAGUAGCCUCCCUCCCUCUCUCCCUCUCCCCCCCUCUCUCCUUAGAAAUUGCAUACAGGUUUUUUUGCAGGGAAUAUUUGGAUGAGAAAAAAACUACUAUAAUUCUCAAAUAUCUUAAAAUUAAGUGCAAAGUGAAAAAGGGGAAAAAAGAUUGACGGAAGCUAGUUGAAUAAACUGAUACACACAAGCAUAUAAACAUGAACUUGAGUGUAUGGGCUGAUGAUUUAAAAAAAAAAAACAUACUAGGUUUUUUUCACCAUGGAAUAUUUGCAAUUAGUCUUCUGAUAAGCUAAAAGGAAUCAGGAGAAUUUUUGCAGUAAAUUCUUUCACUAUCUGCUUGCAGGCGUAAUUCCUCCAACAUAAGAUAUUUUCUAAAAGCAGAGAAAGGAAUUUGGUCUUUUUUAAGAUAA